AGAGCCUAACAGUGGAUUCCUGCAGGUCUUCCCGGGCCUGGAAGGAGGUCUGAUAUAUAAUUCAUUCCUGCCUCCCUCCCCGUAGAAUCUAAGAGGAUGGAGCCCAGUACCAGUAAGACCAGUGAGUCCGAGGAAGACGAUGUUGAGGAAGAGGAGUCUGAUGAGUGUGUUAAAGAGGAAGCCACCAUCCCUUCUAACCCUUCACAGCAGGCAGUCUCAAAGGCAUUUGAAAGUGGGGUUCCCUUAUCCAUUAUAGCCAAGAAAAUUCCAAAGAAAAUCAUAGCCCCAACAGACACAGAUGAUUUAGAAGUUGGGAGGAGAAAGAGAAGGCGGAAACGCAGACCCCUGGCCAUCAACCUGACCAACUGCAAAUAUGAGAGUGUGCGACGGGCAGCCCAGAUGUGUGGCCUGAAGGAGGUAGGGGAGGAUGAAGAGUGGACUGUGUACUGGACAGACUGCUCUGUCUCACUGGAACGAGUCAUGGACAUGAAGAGGUUUCAGAAAAUCAACCACUUCCCCGGCAUGACAGAGAUCUGCCGUAAGGAUCUGCUGGCUCGGAACCUCAACCGCAUGCAGAAACUCUAUCCCACUGAGUACAACAUCUUCCCCCGCACCUGGUGCCUCCCUGCAGACUAUGGGGACUUCCAGGCCUAUGGUCGUCAGCGAAAAACCCGCACUUACAUCUGCAAGCCAGACACUGGCUGUCAGGGACGAGGCAUCUUCAUCACCCGAACGCCCCGGGAGAUCAAGCCAGGAGAGCAUAUGAUCUGCCAGCAGUACAUCUCCAAGCCCUUCCUCAUCAAUGGCUACAAGUUUGACAUGCGGAUCUAUGUCCUCAUCACGUCCUGUGACCCUCUCCGAAUCUUCAUGUAUGAGGAGGGCCUGGCCCGCUUCGCCACCAUGCCCUACGUGGAGCCCAGCCAUAACAACCUGGAGGAUGUCUGCAUGCACCUGACCAACUAUGCUAUCAACAAACACAAUGAGAAUUUUGUCCGGGAUGAUGCUGUGGGCAGUAAGAGGAAGCUGUCGACACUCAACGCCUGGCUGCGAGAGCACAGCUGUGACCCCCGAGAGCUGUGGGGGAACAUUGCGGACAUCAUCAUCAAAACUGUCAUCUCAGCCCACCCUGUCCUCCGCCACAACUACCGAACCUGUUUUCCCCAAUAUCUGAGUGGAGGUACCUGUGCCUGUUUUGAGAUCCUUGGUUUUGACGUCUUGCUGGACCACAAGCUGAAGCCCUGGUUGCUGGAGGUAAAUCACUCUCCAAGCUUCACCACGGAUUCCAGCCUUGAUCGAGAGGUGAAGGAUGCACUUCUCUGUGAUGCCAUGACUCUUGUUAACCUCCGGGGCUGUGACAAACGGAAGGUGAUGGAGGAGGACAAGCGGCGAGUCAAAGAGAGACUGUUCCAGUGCCACCAACAGCCACGAGAGUCCAGGCGAGAGCAGAUUGAGUCAUCCCAGGCGGCCAUGCUGGACCAGGAACGAUAUGAGGAUUCCCACUUGGGGGGAUACCGGAGGAUCUACCCUGGGCCUGACUCAGACAAGUAUGCACCCUUCUUCAAGUACAAUGGCUCCCUCUUCCAGGAGACUGCUGCCUCCAAGGCCAGAGAGGAAUGUGCCAGGCAGCAACUGGAAGAGAUUCGCCUAAAGCACGAACAGCAGGAGAACUCAAGCACCAAGAAGAAAAAGGAAAACAAGGACCAGAACCAGGGUGAAUCAGUUGGGGAGAAGAGCCGAUCCAGGGCAGGGCCCCGGGGCCUUUCCACCCACUUGGCUUACAGGAACCGGCGGGAAAAAGAGCAGCUACCAGUACUCCUGGACACCAUGCAGCCUCAAGAAAUUGUGGAAGAGGAGGAGCUUGAGCGGAUGAAGGCCUUGAUACAAAGGGAGAAUCUCAUCCGAAGCCUCGGUAUUGUAGAGCAGCUCACCCGUAUGCUGCACCCCAACCACCGGGGCCAGAGAAAACUUCAUGAGUAUCGGCCUAGAUUUCACCAAGACGGGCUGGGUAGUCAAGAACUACAAGCUGUGAAUCUGGUCCCAUUGGUGCUUCUGAGAGGGGCCGCCUCAGAGCAGGGCCCUCCUCAUUUCCUGCAACCACUUCGGGCCCAUGAAUUGAUCCCCACGAUCUUAGGGCCACUGCCAAGCAUGAAUGCUGCAAUUGCACAUCAUUCCCAGCGUCAUCUGAAGCCCAAGAACUUCAACUGGACAGAGGAUCCAGCCACUGGCUCCUGUUCACUGUCAAUGAAGAAAUCUGGGAGGCACUAUUUUUCCAGUGCUAGAGUCAGGCUCACUAGCCGUAAGGAAGCCCAGCGCUCAAACUCCUGGAGAACCCCCUCAGGUUUCCAAAGGAGCCGGUGGCCUUCUUCGCUAAAUGAAAGACUGCCACCCAGCUUGAAAGUUCUGGCCAGGAACCCUGUUUGCAAAAGGCAAAACACAAAGACACCGAGAAUUCUUCAACACCCGAUUCUUUGGGGACCGGUGAAGAUCGAAAGAUGAAGCGCCAAGGCCGGCAUGCACUCAUCUCCGCUCCUCGAGCCUUAGCCUGGAUUUAUCGAUAGGGGAUGGGUCUGAACCCUGGGUGCGGCCCGGGGCUGGAGGUCACCGGCGACAAGGAGUCGCGUUCCUAGUGGAACCCAGUGCCCGAGGCACGGUGUUGUCGCCGUCAGAAGACUGCCAGGGUUCGCCCUUCCUGCCACGGUAGCGGAGACAGGCAGGCCAGGGCGGCCUGGGACGGAGGGGCGGUUCUUGGCAAUUAACCCGUCUUUAUAUUAAAGUUUAUGUCGUUUUCCAGGCGCGUCCUGUACGUCAU